AUGGGAAAACAUGGUGAAAAUCUAGUGGAUGUCGACGUUGAUGCAUUGGACGAAACGGAAUUCAUUGUCGAAAGAAUUAUCGACCGAAAAGUUGUCAACGGUGAAGUUUACUAUUUUUUAAAAUGGAAAGGUUUCGACGAAUCGGAGAAUACAUGGGAGCCUGAAAUGAAUCUUGAUUGUCCAGAAUUGAUUGCUGAUUAUCACAAACGAGUCAAUGCCCAGUCAAAAAAGUCCCCAAACGAAUCAUCACCGCAAUCCAAUUCAAGUAAACGAUCUGCACGCGAAAGUAUUGAUCAUCAACAAGAGAUAUCCGAUGCAUCGAAGAGAAAUAAACGAGCCAACGAAUUUGGUUAUGGACGUGGACUUGAAAUUGAGAAAAUUCUCGGAGCAACCGACGUCUACGGUGAAUUAAUGUUUCUAAUCAAAUGGCAAGCUACAGAUAAACCUGAAUUGGUCCCAGCUCGCAUUGCGAAUAUCAAAAGUCCCCAACAUGUAAUUCGUUUUUAUGAAGACCGUCUAACAUGGGCAAAUACCGAUGAAAAUACAUCGAUCAAUCAAGACAAGUAG